GUCAUAACUGUGGGAGCAGCGACCCCAACAGUCGUCCUUGACGGUGACAGAAAGAUGGCGGCCGCCACGGUGAGGAGUCUGGGCUCUGCUCUGGGGAAGAACCUGCGGGAGAUCCGCCUGCACCUCUGCCAGACCUCCGCGGCCAGCAGCGGGGCCAGGGAUUUUGUGGAGCAGAACUAUGUGACCCUAAAGAAAGCGAACCCAGGAUUUCCAAUUCUGAUCCGAGAAUGUUCUGGAGUCCAGGCCCGAGUCUGGGCCAGAUAUGAGUUUGGUAAAGAGAGGAGCGUCUCUGUGGAGAACAUGUCAGCUGAUCAGGUCGCUGCUACUCUGCAGACUCUGGUUCAGUCCAAACCUUAAACCUUUUAUCUGCUGUAAAUGUGUUGAUGUGAAUAAAUAUGUUAAGAACCACU